AUGGGGACUGCUGUUUGGCAAGCUCCAUGCCGGUCACAAGUCCGGACAAAGGAGGAGUGUUGGACGGAAGGGGUGCAGAUACCGCCGUCUGUAAAAAGAACAAGACGAAAGAAACCAACCAUGAACGACAGCAGAGAUAAUCCAUGCCGGCUCGGACGACGCCCGGUUAAACAAGGUCCGCGUCCUCUGUCGAGUAACCAGGACAGAGUCGAAAAAUUGGCGACUGGAAAGCAUUCAUAUACGACGAAAAACACGCAAAAACUAAAACUUGCCAAAAAUACUCUGACAGUAGGAACAUGGAAUGUGCAGACAUUAUGGGCUGCAGGCAAGCUAGAACUCCUCAGAAACGAAAUGAAACGAUUCAGAUACGAUAUAAUUGGUAUUUCAGAAGUCCGAUGGACAGGAAAAGGUGAAACAUCAAAAGGAGAUUUCAUCUGGUCAGGAGAAGAGUCCUCACAUACGAGAGGUGUGGGGUUCUUACUAAGCAUUCAAGCGAAAAAGGCACUAAUAGGAUACAAUCCGGUUAGCUCACGAAUAAUUUCGGCACGAUUCGAUGCAGCACCGUUUAAAAUCUCAGUAAUACACGUAUACGCACCAACUUCCUCAUCUUCAGAAGAAGAUAUUGAAGCAUUCUAUAACGAUAUCGAGCAGGUAUUAUCAAAGACAGAUAAAACAGAUGUAAUCAUCUUGACAGGAGAUUGGAAUGCUAAAAUUGGUAAUGAUAAUACAGAAUGGAAAUCCGUGAUGGGAAAAUAUGGCUAUGGCGAUAGAAACGAACGCGGAGAGCGCCUAUUGGAAUUUGCAACAGUGCACAAUCUAUACAUAUGUAAUACAAGAUUUGAGCAUAAAUCAAAUCGAAAGUGGACUUGGGCAUCACCAGAUGGCAUUCAUAAGACUCAUCUCAACAUUUCUCAUAAACUAACACCAACAGAAUUAAAUACCGCAUCUGAAAUACGUCAAGCAGCGAAUUCAUUUCAAAAAGCAGCUCAAACCGAACUGAAACACUUUGGAAAAGUGAAUCGUAAAACGUUUACCGCUUUACGUUCACUAGCAAGAAAUAAAUCAAUUGUUAUCAGUCGACCUGACAAAGGGCGUGGUGUAGUAAUUAUGAAUCGAGCGGAUUAUCUUCGAAAGAUGAACGUAAUUCUUAGUGAUCGUUCAUCGUUUAAAAUGAUUGACAACGAUCCAACAUUAGAAAAUGAGACAAAUCUGAUAAACAUGCUGCUCUUGUUUAAAAAAGAAGGUUUCAUCAAUGCAGAAGAAUUCAAUUUGGCACGACCGACUGGUUCAAGACCGGCACGUUUGUAUGGUUUACCUAAAAUUCACAAAUCUGAUAAACCAGAUUAUCCACUUCGACCAGUUAUGUCAGCAACAAAAACAGUCGGUUAUGGUUUAGGUAAAAUGUUAAAAAAUCGUUUACAUCAACUACGUGAUAGUCCAUAUACCAUUAAAAAUACAUUCGAUUUUGUUUCGAAAAUUAAAAAUUCAAACCAUGCAGACAAAAAGAUGGUUUCCUUUGAUGUAACAAGUCUUUUUACCAAUGUGCCACUCGCAUUCACCAUCAAUAUAAUACUUGACAAGUUGUAUCCAACAUGCUUAUUCGUUUGUCAAAAUAACUCAAGGAGUCAACUUUGUGAAAAAUGCAGAAAAAGAAACGACUUUGCAGCUCUCUUAAGAGUAGCUACAUCGGAAACUCACUUUAUCUUCGAUGGUAAAAUGUAUGUUCAACAUAAUGGUGUUGCAAUGGGUGCACCUCUUGCUCCAAUUAUUGCCGACAUCUUUAUGUCCCAUCUUGAAGAAAGUUUAAUGGAUCGACUUCGACAAAGUGGCGUUUGUGAAUGGCAUCGAUACGUCGAUGACACAUUCGUGUUGUUGGAGCCAUCAACUGUUGUUCAAGAUGUGUUAAAUGUUUUGAAUAGCUUCCAUCCUGAUAUCAAAUUCACACACGAAGAUGAAAAAGAUCAACGACUUUCUUUUCUUGACGUGGAAGUCAUUCGAACCACGGAAAGUGUAAAGUCCGAGAUUCAGCAGAUAUCACUUACUCGUAACGUCUUCCAAACAACUGUUUUUCGGAAAUCAUCAUUCACAGGACUCAUGCUCAAAUGGAAUUCGUUUGUCCCAAUACAAUACAAAAAAGGUUCAGUAACUAGUUUAAUUCAAAGAGCCAUUAAUGUAUGUUCAACAUAUUCAUUGUUGUCCGAUGAAUUCGAAAAAAUACGUCAAUUAAGUCUAAAAAACGGCUAUCCAUUAUCAUUUAUACACACACAAAUCGGUAUUGGACUGUCUAGAUAUUUAAAGAGAUCAAAACAAAUUACAUCAACACCUAUCCUGGGCUGUGAGAAAAAGAAGUUGUACGUGGAAAUUCCUUAUAAUGGCCAAUCUACUGAUUCAUUCAAAAAGAAACUAACACAAAUAUCAGGAAAAACACGUCCUGAUUUAGAUGUUCGAUUCUACACAAAACCACCACCAUCAGUACAAACAUAUUUUAAUUUAAAAGAUCCAAUACCAAAGCACUUACAAGCAGAUAUUGUUUAUUCAGUCAACUGUAAGGACUGUGGCGAUACGUACGUUGGGAAAACAAUUAGACAACCAAUUAGACGAUUAAAAGAACACGGUGCACCAAAAUCCAUAUUUCAAAACCCAACACCACAUCAAGACCAACCAACAUUACAAUAUCCCACUACACACACAUCAUCCACCACAAUCGGACCUAUUAAAAGACGACUGAGAGCUCGCCAUGCACCGUACCCUAAUCCAGCGACCAUCAGACGUUCGCAAAGAAUUCAAGCUCAGAAUAAUAUGCCAACUGCCUCAAACCUNCGAUUAAAAGAACACGGUGCACCAAAAUCCAUAUUUCAAAACCCAACACCACAUCAAGACCAACCAACAUUACAAUAUCCCACUACACACACAUCAUCCACCACAAUCGGACCUAUUAAAAGACGACUGAGAGCUCGCCAUGCACCGUACCCUAAUCCAGCGACCAUCAGACGUUCGCAAAGAAUUCAAGCUCAGAAUAAUAUGCCAACUGCCUCAAACCUUACCACAACAAACGUUACUACUAUUUCGACCGACGAUCAAAAGCGAAAGAGCUCUAUCGAGCAUCAUCAAAGUCAGACCGGUCACGAAAUGAACUGGGAAAACUUCAAUAUUCAUACAAUACCGCACUUAAGAAAACAACCCAUUCAGUUCCACUUAUCAUAUAUCCAGAAGGACUCCCAUAGAAUCAACUGCGCAAACCUUAAACAUCCCAACAGCCAACCUAAACAAACCUAUCAUCUAUGUGUUGGUCGUGGAGAUGGUGCUGAAGAUGUCAAUUGA